AUGCCAGCAGCGCAGCCUGAGAAGGUGAAUAAUCCACAAAUGGCGUUCGAUUUCAAUGGUCGUGACUUCAAUAAGGUGGUCGCUCGUCCCUUGAAUAUGGAGCAACGAGACGAACAUGAAAUCAAUCAGGAUCUCAAGGCUUCUCACUCGGCGGAAUAUUCGAGUUCAUUGCACUAUGAGAAACCUGUGAGCAAAAGUACUGCCCCGCCGCCGCCUGCAGUCGUGGCUCCAGACUCUAAUGAGCUGAAGUAUAUCACACCGCCGGAGGUUCAGCCACCGCCACCUGCAUCAAAACCAAAAACCGCCCCAUUACCAAUGCCAGCAGCGCAGCCUGAGAAGGUGAAUAAUCCACAAAUGGCGUUCGAUUUCAAUGGUCGUGACUUCAAUAAGGUGGUCGCUCGUCCCUUGAAUAUGGAGCAACGAGACGAACAUGAAAUCAAUCAGGAUCUCAAGCUUUUCAAAGAAUUGAAGUUUUUGGCGCUGGUACUAGCAGCGUUAGCGUCAGAAGUUCUCAUUUCGAACGAAUGUGAUUAUCAUGUUAAUGUAAUCUAA